AUGCCUUUGCCUUUCUUCCUGCGGCCUCUCCUCUUGAUCUCCUACUAUCAGGAACACUUAGCUCGAUAUGUAGCAGGAUGGCUGUUUGGUCCACUUGAGCAGCUAGUGACAGCAGUAGUGAUUGUUGGCCUGGCAAUGCAAGGUCCGCCGCAAUUUUGGGAUCCGUCACAACUCAUGCAGCCCAUCGUGAUCAACGGCGCAAAAAUUCCUCAUCAUAGUGUAUCCAUGUCAAAUGAAGGGACAAAGCAGGACCUGAAUCAUGCACGUAUAUCAACAGGUAGUACGCUUUUAGACGCGGCAUAUUCCCAUAUUCCAAUUUGGCUACACUUUAGUCCGAUAACAAGCUCGCUCAUUCUCUUGACAUUUGAUCUUGCCCUUGUUUUCAUCCCUCGCAAGGUGAAAAUAAGAAUAAAGGAUUCUUGGGGACUGUUUUGGCCUCCAUGGCAAGACCGGACCUUCGCCGGUCACUCGGGGCAGCCUUCCAAACGAUCUGAGUCUGAAAGAGCGAGAGCCGCCAAAAUCGCUGACUCCGAUAAAAUUGUAUCGCACAGCAACACUGCUGAAGAACCAAAAGAUGGGUCUCACAAGAAACCCCAGAAGUCGCCAAAAAUGGCUCUCUCAGAUACCUCCGGCGAUGGUGCAGAAAAGAAAAAAGCUACUGAAUCUGAAACGUCCAGAAAGGUGAAAGAUGGUGACUCUGGUGGCACAAAGCCAGCUGAUUCCACGAACAAAGGGAAAGGCAGAAUGGAGGGUGAGAGGCCAAAUGCAAGUAAAUCGUCGUCUCGCAGUAUGAACGAUGCUUCCAGUAACAGUCCUAGUACAGGCAGUCCUACCACGCAGACAGUGAUGCGUGACACGGCUGUCACACCCGGGACCACCAAGGAUGCAGAUGAUAAUCAGAUUACUCCCAAGUCCGGUUCAUCCCUAGGUACUACUGUGACAGAUACGGAUGAUCCUCUUAUGGCCGGUGAUUACAGGCCAUUGAAAUCGGUCUUGAAAAAAUCGAAGAGAAAACCUAAACAAGCAAAAAAUAUCCAUCACAACUAUUUCAUGACAAUGAGAGGGUAUCGUCCUUCGUUGAUUCCGUUCCCUCAUGGCUUUCAUCCCAAACCUCACGAGCCUAGAAAUACCCUAUGGUGGGACAAUGUCCCUAAGAAUGCUGAGCAUAUAAUGGCCCCUCCGCCAGUAGCUAAACAGCCGGAAAAGGGGGAGGACGACGGUGACGGGAAGAAGCGGGACGACAAGGCAGAAGGGAAGGAAGUGAAGCCAGAAAAGCAGGAAGAGGCUGCCAGGGAGAGAAAUGAGACCAAGGAUGACGGGCAUCUUACGGACAGUAAUAAAGACAUCCAGAAGGAUGCAGAUAAACAUGCCAAGGAGGCUGACGCAAAAGCCAAAGCUAAAAGAGAAGCGGAGCUCAAAUCAUUCAAUGCUAAAGAGAUGGAUCCAUCCUCAGCAUCACCUUCAACUUCCUCGGCUAAACUGUCACAGGUCUUGGUGGAUCCCAGAGUUCAAAAAGCCACAUAUAUGAGUCAAGGUUUACUGUGCGUUCUACUCUAUCAUAUGCAUCAACAACUUGGAUUCCUGCUUCUGACUGUUUUUGCUUGGCAAUACAUCAACGCUCAUGAUCACGCAGUUUCAGCGGAUCAAGUCGCUACAUCAAUGUCUUCUUCGAAGCAAUCUGAGCCUAACACCUCACGAAGUGGACUCAGGAGUAAAUCUACUGCCGAGAUGGAUCCUAGUAUGGAAGGGAAACUUGAUGAUGCUAGAAAAGCUAGGCGAGAAAAGGCGCUGACUGAAACAUCACAGUCAACAGUACGAAGCAUGCAAGAGCCAAAACGAUCUCAAAAGAUAGAAGAACUUGACAAAACCAUCGAGGGUCUGAAGUCUGCAGCUGAUCCUACCUCUGAAUUGAGAGAUAAGCUAGGAAGCGCAGAGAGAGAGCGACAAUCACUGGCAGUGGGGUUCUCUCAAGCUCAAUGCCCAACCCAAAAAGAGACAACAGAUCAAAAGAACAAGAUGAAGGAAGGAAUGGGUGAUCUAGAGGUUCUGGAGCAGAAAGCUAAAGAAAUGGACGACUAUGUUCAAAAAGCUCGAGGUGUUAGCGAUCCAAGUAAUGAGCAAAAGAACAAGCUAGCAAAAGCGGAAGAGGGGAGAAAGCAGUUAUGGAAGCGGCUCAGAGCAAUGAGAAGCGCUAAUGGGACCGGAAAACAUCCUGCAGAAUCCAGCAAGACUGCUCAAGACAAGAGGGACCAGACGAUCAGAAAAUGCGAAGAGCUGAAGAACAGGAUCCAGGAGAUGGAAGGGCAUAUGGAAAGAUACAGGAAGGUAGACAGGCUGUCUCACGAGCAGGAGGAGAAACUUCUUCGAGUUCAAGGGAAAAGAAGUGACUUGAAGGAAGAGCUCAUGGUUUAUGAGGACAGACUGAAUGUGAUUAGUAGUGGAUUGAGUAUUGAAGACAAAGAUGCUUUAGUGAUCUAG